AUGGACCAAAUGAUGGGUGACGGGGGCCGGUUCCCUCUGGAGACUUGGUUUUGGGAGAUGCCUAUCUGUACGAGAUGGUGGACUACUGCCACCGUACUGACCAGUGCUUUAGUGCAGUGUCAGAUGGUAACACCCUUUCAGCUAUUCUACAGUUUCCGCGCAGUCUUUGUCAAGUCUCAGUACUGGCGCCUUCUAACAACCUUCCUCUACUUUGGCCCUUUCUCCCUCGACCUUCUCUUCCACGUUUAUUUCCUCCAACGCUAUGCCCGGCUUCUGGAGGAAUCCUCAGGACGCUCCCCAGCUCACUUCUCCUGGCUACUCAUAUAUGCUAUGACUAGUCUACUGCUACUCUCGCCGCUAGUCUCAAUGCCUUUUCUAGGACACCCCCUCUCAUCUACACUGGUCUAUAUCUGGUCACGACGGAAUCCGGACACACGAUUGAGCUUUCUAGGCCUGCUAGUCUUCACUGCUCCCUACCUACCGUGGGUUCUUAUGGCAUUCAGUUUAAUCCUUCAUGGGUCUAUACCCAAGGAUGAGAUCAUGGGCGUCGUUAUAGGCCAUAUUUGGUACUUCUUCUCCGACGUUUACCCGCCCUUGCAUAAUGGUUCGCGACCAUUUGACCCCCCUGGCUGGUGGAGACGACUGUUCGAAAGGCCCCCUCCGGAUGAGACGGCGGAUGGCAUCAACAACGACAUUGUCGUUGCGGGGGGCCCUGAGCUUGCCGCUGAAGUGCGGUGA